UAUUUGUUACUGUGUUUCUAUUGUUCUCAGAUGUCGGAAACUAAGAUGAUGAAGUCUUAUGUGUGGCUUCAAACUUCUGAUGGUUCAAUUCAACAAGUGGAACAAGAUAUUGCAAUGUUUUGCCCAUUUAUACGUAAAGAAAUAUUGCAAAAAGGCACAGGAUCUUCCAAGAAUUGUGCAACAUGUCUUCCUCAACAGGUUAGUUCUUCAAUGUGGAGCUUAAUUCUUAAUUAUUGUCGAUUUCGUCUAGCACCAGGCCGCUCAGACAAGGAACAAAAGGCGUAUGAUGAUAAUUUCGUCAAGAUAGACACAAAAAUGCUAUGUGGGUUGGCAUGUGCUGCAAAUAGCCUUCGAUUACAACCAGUGAUUGAUCUCACAUGUCAAGCACUCGCUCGAAUAAUUGGAAAAAGAUCGCCGGAGGAAAUUCGUGACAUGUUUCAUGUGUCUGAUGAUCUUACAGAGGAAGAGAAAUUAGAGCCCAUUAUAAAUGUCACUAACGAUCCAAGUAUCAGGCUUUUGAACCGAUUGUAUGCCAAGAAGAAAAAACAAUUACUUGAAGGGCCUCAAAGGAUAAAGAAGAAUGUUGAUGUUGAAGAAGAUCAACGUUCACUUGAUGACCUUUUGUCUUUUAUUAAUGGAGAUUCGAAGGGGAUUGAAACUAUUGGUAAGAAUAAAAAGAAGAAGAAAAAAGGCCAGCAUAAAAAGAAUGUGAAGGUUAACGUCGGUCAUAACAACAUCAAACACCAAAGUUCGGAAGUAGAUAAACUGUGUGAGACCUCAAAUUUACACGAUGAUUCUAUGGUUCAGUUUAUUGAUGAUGAUGAUGAUGAUGAUUUUGAUGAAGAUGAUGGGAUUGAUCUGGCUUUAAAAGCAAAAAUGAAUAGGGAAGUAGAAGAAUUUGCCCGAAGAUUAAAUUCUUCCCGGGAAGAGAGGAUAAAAGACUUUUCUUCAUCAUCGCAAGAAAGGAAAUUGGCUUGAACAUUUUGACAAAGAAGUUGUUGCAUGUCACUUGUUUUUCUUUCUUUUUUUAUCCGAUGGAAAUUUUAACAAGGAACCUUGCUUGUUAACGGUUCAAAAUAAAGCUUGUAUCUCGUCAAUUUUUUCGUUUUUGUAUU